AUCCCCGCGUUCAUCUGAACUGACUGUGGGUUCGUGGUUAGCGGGCGUGAGGCUCUGUGCGUGCUCCUGGAUCGGCUUGCUUUCCCAUGCCGCCUGAAAGACAUGCGCUUGGUUUUCGGGAUGAGCGAAUCGUGUAUCCGUACUGUUUGUACGGAGAGCCGGCGAAUGGACUGAGCAACCACCUUGUCUGUCCUGUUAACUCGUCAAGUGUCGGCCCUCUAACGCCAGAGAUGGCCGACUUCAACAAGCGUAUGAGCCACUGCCGCGUCUCGGUGGAAUGGGGAUUCAAAGAGAUGACCGGCAAGUGGGCCUUUGUGAACAUGAAGCCGCAGCAGAAAUUCUUGCUAAGCCCUGUCGCCAAGCAUGUCGGCCCUCUAACGCCAGAGAUGGCCGACUUCAACAAGCGUAUGAGCCACUGCCGCGUCUCGGUGGAAUGGGGAUUCAAAGAGAUGACCGGCAAGUGGGCCUUUGUGAACAUGAAGCCGCAGCAGAAAUUCUUGCUAAGCCCUGUCGCCAAGCAGUAGUACCGGGUAGCCACUCUGCUUU